AUGCCUGUCGAUUGGCGAGAGGGACGAAAGCCGAUUACCCCGCACCAGCUUGGAGGUGGGCUGGGGUCGGCCGAGGCUGAGACCGAGGCCUUCCUCUCACGAGGUCGACCUCUGCACGACGCGUCUCCGCCUCGGGUGCUCUUCGACGCCAACCAAGCCUCGAGUCAACAUAAGCGCCAGAAGCGAACGGAUCAACUGACCAAGUGCGAGUCCCGCACGCCCAAGCCGGUUCGAGGCCUGACCAGACCGGGCGGCGUAGUCGUCAGUGGACUUGAGGUCUCCGAGGGGCCCGCCGCCGCUGUCAGAGCCGCAGCAGCAACUGCUGCUGCUGCUGCCGUCGCCAUGGCAACAGGAUCCAUGAGUCCAAUCGGUGCACCGGAGAGACUGGAGAGACCGGAGACGCCGGCGCUGGUGCCGGUGGGAGCGACUCGGUUGGACAAGCCAAUCAGGCCACGAAACAGAGAUGGCACUGGCAGCGGUCGAGUAGGCCCGAGACAGACCACCGACGGAACUGGACGCGGCGAAGGCGCCGAGGACGCCCGGGCUGCUGCGGCCAUGGAUUGUGUGCAAGAUCAAGUAGGUUGCACAAGAUCGCCCGUCGCUCCGAGCAAGUUGCCACAACCGGGUCGAACCAACACGCGACAGCUAAACGAGCAUGUCAUCAAACCUGAGGGGACACACCAGCCUGGCCUUGGCACCGACGAUCCAAUUUCUAGGCUUCUCUAUGGACUGUGCUCACACUCUGUUUCGUUUAAGGCGAUGACGGAUUGGUACUUGCAUUUUCCCACAACCCAAUGA